AUGACUCGGGCAGGCACUUGCUGUGCCAGAAAUUACUGCACGACGCCUGCAUUCAAUGAUGAGAUCCACGGUAUCACUGGAAGCAAGGAACUGGCCAGGAAGGUGAAGAACCUUCAAAAAUUCAAUGGCCUGAGGGCGUCUGUUUAUAAACAGCUGUUGAAAAGUCGUGGUGAAUUUUCAACCGUACCCUAUACCGCAUGGGAUUAUCCUGGAGGCAGGCAUUACACAAAUCCAAGUCUCUACCCCGUUUCUCCAGACGAGAUGAAGCUGAUACACUCAAGUCGUCAACAUAUCAGCUCCCAUCUCCAUCAUGCAGAGACGGAUUCAAGCUCCAACUUCUGCAUUCAGACGGCAUUUAACACAAACGCCCCUCAACAAGUCGAUAUCAUUACGACCAGGCAGUUAGCACCAGAGAUGUAUAGCGUGCAAAUUGGGCGGUUGAAUGUGGAUCAUCAAUUCUAUGUCAAAAUAUCCAUUCAUGAUGUCGAUGGGGGCACAACCAGUUGUACGAGUCCGGAGAAGCCCAGCUCUAUGCCGUGGAGUAGUAAACAUAUCUUCAAUGUUCGCAACUCUACCACGCUCACAUUGGAAGUAUUUGCUCAUCGCCAAUUUCAUGAUGAUCAGUACAUCGGUAUGGUCCAGGGCUGUGUCGAAGAAUUUUUGAAGUACCCUGGUGCCAUUCUUGAACGGCUGAAGUGCGUAAACCCUCAAGGCAAGGAAGAACUGCUCAGGGCAAGCUUGGAGUUCAAGCUUACCACCAUUGUGGGCGCUGGGAGACCUGCUGAUGGGUCCCAGCAUACCGAACUUUGUCACAGAGAAGGUAUCCGGAAGGAGCCCAUAACGAGUCAUGGCUAUGGAGAUGCUCUCAGAACACCAUUUCCCCCGGCAGUGCAAAUCUUCGAUCAGUACAUCGGUAUGGUACAAGAAGGUGUCGAGACGCUUCUCGCUUAUUCCAGAAUUAAAAUCUACCGCCUCAUGUCUUUUGACCGUCAUGGCAACAAACAUCUCCUUUGUGCUAGCAUGGAAUUCAAGAUCAUGCCUCUUCAUAAUACAAUCGAGCAUGAAACCACUCAGCACGCUGAAGACCAGCUCGCCCGGACACUUGAUGUCUCUGAGGAUACAUCAUAUACACCGGCCAUGGGAGACUGUGGACCAAAUGAACCAUUGACAGCGUCUACUGAGCAAGUUGUCGAUGUUGUUACCCCAGGACCCCUUCCUCUGCUCUUGGACAAGAUCAGAAUUUUCGUUCAGCUUUCUGGCAAGUUCGCUGAGGCCCAUCCUUACACCAAAAUGGCGUUCAUGAUUCUCACUGCAGUACUAUAUAAUUUGGAGAGUGCACGUGACCGAAGUAUCAAUCAGCUCAUUACCGUUAUGCACGAAACCUACAGCCUUAUCUCUGGCGAAGAGGAACUGAAAAGGGUAGAAUCGCAAGAAAAGACUAUCAACUCCCUCGCUCGCCAGACGGUCGAGUGCUCGUACUUUAUCCGUGACUACCUGGAGAACAGGAGCGGAUGGAAACAAAGCUUUUCGAACGCGUUGUCCAAAUUAGAUGAUAAAAUUUUAACGUACGAAGCAACCUUCAAAGAACUCAAGAAUGCUAUACAACAGCAGGUCACGAUUACCACGGAACUCUACGUCUUUCGUGUCCAUGAUCUGUUGCUUGACCAUGGUAGUGUUCCAUCUUCCAUACCUCUUCCUUGCAUAUGUUCAUAUUACUACUAG